GUGUGAGAAAUUGAAACUGUAACUUUUUAUAAAAAAAUAAAUAAAUCCUGAUACCGAUCACCCUCCACGCCUGACCACAGCGACAAAACGCCAGUCUCAGAGCGGGAAAAAGCCGUUUGCCAUGCAUGCCCUAACGUCUCCUGAUACGGCUUCUCCCUUUCUUUCCCGCUCAGCCUGAUGGAGAAACGUGAGGAGUCUGGCUUUGACGCAACGCCGCUUCAGUGCGCUAAGCUGCAGAAAUGUGUUUCUUCUCCGCAGGGCGUCGACAUGCUGCAGUAGUUGAACUACGGAUUGCCGGAGUUCACGAUGGGCGCGUCGUUGCCCCAUCAAUCUCGCAACGAGAAUGUCGGCGCAGAUACCAACAACACCUCCAAAGACUACUGCUACUCGGCUCGGAUCCGCAGUACGGUCCUCCAAGGAUUACCCUUUGGUGGCGUGCCCACUGUCCUCGCCCUCGACUUUAUGUGCUUUCUGAUGCUGCUGGUCGUGUUUUCCGUGCUGAGGAAACGAGCAUGGGACUACGGGCGCCUCGCCCUGGUGACCGACGCCGACAGAUUGAGGGAUCAGCGGUAUAGCCGUCUGGAUGAUCAGGAAUAUGUGUCCUCCGCUGUGCCGUCGGAAACGAACGAACGCUAUGCACGCCUGGCGUCGGUCUCGAGCUCGGUGGACAUAGACCAGAGGGACACCGGCUUUUGCAACUGGCUCACUGCCGUCUUCCGCAUCAAGGAAGACGAAAUAAGGGAGAAGUGCGGCGAAGAUGCGGUGCAUUACUUGUCCUUUCAGCGGCACAUCAUUGGCCUGCUGGUUGUGGUGGGCGUGCUCUCUGUGGGCAUAAUCCUGCCCGUCAACUUCUCAGGGAACCUUUUAGAAAACAAACCAUAUGAUUUUGGGCGAACCACUAUAGGAAAUCUAAACUCAGAGGAUCCACUACUAUGGCUGCACACUACCUUUGCAUUACUCUACCUGUUACUAACCGUGUACAGCAUGAGGCGGCACACCUCAAAGAUGCGCUACAAGGAGGAUGAUUUGGUGAAACGCACUUUAUUUGUUAACGGCAUAUCAAAGUAUGCUGAAGAGAAGGAGCUAAAGCAACACUUUGAGCAAGCAUAUGAAAACUGCGUUGUGCUGGAAGCUCGCAUCUGUUACGAUGUCGCGAAACUGAUGUCCCUCCACACAGAAAGGCAGAAGGCAGAGCGCAGCAAGAAAUUCUUCCUUGACCUGCAGGCCAAGGAUCAAGAUAAAACCAUGAUCAACCCAAAGCCUUGUGGACACCUCUGCUGUUGUAUCAUUAAAGGCUGUGAAGAGGAAGAAGCUGUGAGGUAUUACACCAAGCUGGAGGCACAAUUAAAAGAUGAAUACCGAAAAGAGAAAGAGAAAAUUAACAAGAAGCCUUUAGGAAUGGCCUUUGUCACUUUCCAUAAUGAAGGCAUAACAGCCACGAUUUUAAAGGACUUUAACGCGUGUAAGUGCCAAGGCUGCCACUGCCGUCGCAACAUACAAAGUUCUCCGUUCAGCUCCAGGCUGCACACGGAAAACUGGACCGUCACGUACGCCCCGCAUCCACAAAACGUCUACUGGGAGCAUCUGUCAGUGGGAGGAUUCGCAUGGUGGGCUCGCUGCUUCAUCAUCAACUGCAUCCUCUUCCUCCUUCUUUUCUUUUUGACCACCCCAGCCAUCAUCAUCACCACCAUGGACAAGUUUAAUGUCACCAAACCAGUGGAGUACUUAAAUAACCCCAUCGUAACCCAGUUCUUCCCCACGCUCCUCCUGUGGUCAUUCUCCGCCUUGCUUCCUACCAUCGUCUACUACUCUGCCUUCUUCGAAGCCCACUGGACCCGGUCAGGAGAGAACAGGACCACUAUGCAUAAAUGUUACACCUUCUUGAUCUUUAUGGUCCUGUUGCUGCCCUCGCUUGGACUCACCAGUCUGGAUGUUUUCUUCCGCUGGCUCUUUGACAAAAGAUUCUUGGAUGAUGCUAAAGUGAGAUUUGACUGUGUGUUCCUCCCUGACAAUGGAGCCUUCUUCGUGAACUAUGUCAUUGCUUCUGCAUUCAUCGGUAACGCUAAUGACCUGUUGAGGAUCCCUUAUAUCCUUAUGUACAUGAUCCGCCUGUUACUGGCUCGCUCUGCAGCCGAGAGAAGGAACGUGAAGAAGCACCAAGCGUAUGAGUUCCAGUUCGGGGCAGCUUAUGCCUGGAUGAUGUGCGUCUUCACUGUGGUGAUGACCUACAGCAUCACCUGUCCAAUCAUCGUCCCUUUUGGACUGAUGUACAUGCUGCUCAAACACCUUGUAGACCGGUACAACAUGUACUACGCCUAUCUACCGACAAAGCUGGACAAGAAGAUCCAUUAUGGAGCCGUUAACCAAGUGGUGGCGGCUCCUAUUCUCUGUCUCUUUUGGCUCCUGUUCUUUUCCACUCUGCGCUCUACCAACACGUACAGUCCAAUAACCAUUUUUACUUUGGUGGUUCUGACCGUCACCAUCAUCAUUUGCCUUUCUCACGUCUGCUUUGGGCAUUUUAAAUACCUAAGUGCUCACAACUACAAGGUUGACCAGGAUGAAGUGGAGAGUAGACCUUCGUCGAGCCCAGUCUCUACCAGCAGGGCAGCGCAAACGUACAUAUGCCAGGUACUUCAAGAUCCCCAGUCAGAGGAGGGGGGGUCCGGCAGCGGCGAGGAGGACGGGCAGGGCUCGGCGCAGGAUGAGGAAAUCACCCAGACGGAAAACAACCUGAACACCGACUUCCAGUCUGGGGAGGACAGCCUCAUCGAGAACGAGGUGCGGCAGUGAGGCGGCCCGCAGCAGGAAGACGCAUUUCAAUUCCAGCUUGAUGAGUGCACUGAAUGUGAGACAUUAACACGGAACUGAACCAGCAGUUCACCAAAAGCAUCUCAGCCUCACAUCAAGGGAACCUUCCCCUGACUAACAUAAGCACACCGCCUACCAAGGUUGUUUUCCCCCCCGAGGACGUUUUCUUCUUCUUUGGGUCUCGUCGCAGAACAUCAGCCGUAGUAGGAAUCUACUUCGACGCGGCAAAGACGAGACAUUCCCUGAUCCCUGCAGGUCGCCUAAUGAAAGAAGACACUGAUGCACAAGUGAAGAGUUUUUGCCUUUUCUUGUUGGGGGGGAGAGAGGUUCUCUGUUUCCUUAACUUCUAUUGCACUCGAAUGGAGGAACUGGAGACCUCAAGUUGCUCUAAGGUACUGCAAUGUGGCAUGCAAAGUCAGAGGAGCAAGUUCUUUUUUUUUUUUUUUUUUUCUUAAUGCUCUGUUGGUGUGGCUGUCGGCAUCAGAUGCUUCCCGUGAAUAAGCAGCCCGCUAAUGUCAGCAGGAAAGCCUAAUUUUGAGCUUUAGCGAUGGACUUAAACGGUUCUUCCAAUCCCAUAGAAGCCUUUAAAGAUGAAAACUAUGCUACUAACACUCCUGGAAGCUUCAACACUAUACAUCUAUGUAACUCUGGAUUUGUAAAAUAGCCUUUUUUUUUUUUUUUUUUUUUGACCUGGUAUUUAUUGCAAGCAUGACUCU